GGAACUUCUGACGUGUUUAAAGAUGUCAGAUAUAGGAUCGGAUGAGUUUGAUGAUGAACAAAAUAAACUCGGGGAAUAUGAAGGGGACCGAAAUGAAGCAGGAGAGAGGCAUGGAGUCGGGAAAGCUGUGCUGCCAAACGGAGACAUUUAUCAGGGACAUUAUGAAUACGGCAAAAGACACGGGCGGGGAACGUAUCGCUUUAAGAAUGGAGCAAGAUAUGUGGGAGACUACUGUCAGAAUAUGAAACAUGGAGAAGGCACCUUCUACUACCCAGAUGGGUCUAAAUAUGAGGGUAAAGGUCUGGGUUGAAACCUCAGACAGGGCCAUGGUGUCUACACGUAUCCCAACGGAGACAUUUAUGAUGGACAGUGGCUGCGUCACAUGAGACAUGGACAGGGUAUUUACCACUAUCAAGACACUGACACCAAGUACAAGGGAUCAUGGGUCAAUGGGAAGAUGGAGUCAGCUGGAGAAUACAUCCACUCAAACCACAGAUACAAGGGCAAAUUUGUUAACAGUCAUCCAUCUGGCCCUGGGAAAUAUGUUUUUGAGAUUGGUUGUGAGCAGCACGGGGAAUACCACCAAGCAGAGCAGGACAGAGCAGAGGGUGAGUGGAAUGAGGUGGUCUCCACCGCCAUCCUCAAGUGGAUUCCAAAGUGUAUCACCGGUCUGACCCUGUGUACCCCAGUCAAAGAGACUCCAGCUCUGGAAAAAGAAACAACUGCAUCAGAAUAGAAGACAGCCAGCUGACCUGCACUGUCACCAUCUUCCAUUUUACCACCUUUGUUUUAUG